AUGGCUACGGCUAAGAGAUCCAGGGCGAAGGCCGCGGAGGCAACCAAGACGGCGAGGGCGAACGCCCCUCUGGCCGCGGUCGCAGCUAACUGGGAGGCCGUCCAAGCCGCCAGGACAGCCGAAGCAAAAGCCCGAGAGGCCGAAGAAGCUGCCGAGACGGCCGCCGCCAAAGCCGUGGAGGCGGAACAAGCCGCCGAGACGGCCAGGGUCAUGGCCGAAGAAGCCGCCAAGGCGAGGGAAGCGGCGAGAGAGAUGGGCCGGCUAGAGGACCAGGAAUCCGAGUGGGCGCAGUGCGACGAGGAGCUGUUCGCCUCCAGGUUCCGCCGUUACUGGAACAAAUCGUACGCCUUCCGCAGCGUCCGUCGCUCCCGCACCUUCCUUCAAACCACAUCUAUCCCCGCCAUGCGUUACACGUACCCUGCUCCUGAUGACAGCCCCAAGGCCAUGGAGACUCUGCAGAUGGUGUCGGUCAAGAUCGCGGCAAUCAAAGAGGGCUUACGCUGGCCACUGCAAGUGUUUGGUCUCGUUGCUGCUCGCGACAACUUGGAUCACAUGCGCAACAUUAUUUUUCACCGUUCGAGAAAAAACUGUCAAACCAUCACCGAAGAGGAUCCAUAUCUUGCAUUGACCGGCCCUAGCCGAGCUAUUGCCGUGUCGGUGGACCCUUCUUGCGUUGAGGUUUCCCUGAAAGUCAAGGGCGCCACUAAAGCCGAGGAUAAAGACCUGAGCGAUCUUGUUUUGGUGCACAGAACCGGGCGUUUUCUGAGCGGUCUUUACCGUAGUAGGCUCAGCACAUUGGAACUUACCUUCGACCAUGUUACCCGCUCCGUGGAGGCUACAAUCUGUGUAAAACUAACUGAUGGGUCAUGGCCAACUAGUUUCCGGGGCGUGAUCACUGCCAGCAGCGGUUCUCGUGAUGACCUGAAAGUCAAGUUACUUGAUUCCGGAGAUGACGGGUUGCCCGUAGAUGCCAAUGGCAGGAUCAAGCUCUCGCGUCAUGUGGUUUCUGUUGGACAUGUGGAGUCUCUGAACGUUUAUGUCACUGCCAAUCGGGUUGAUGAGAAACAAGUUGUUGAGAGUGGCAGGGCAACUUUUAAGGCAAAGAGGUCUGGUGUUAGCCUCAGCGAGCUCUGCCUUGGCUUCUGUAGUAUGAAUGUUACCGUUGCUUGGUCCUGUUUCCGUCAUGAGUGGUAACUCUCUCAGAAGGCUGCUUUUGGCGGGAAAGGAAACAUCAUUUUUUUUACCUAGGAAACACCAUUAUUUGAACCGACUUAUGUUUCCCUGUAUAGUGGGUGUUGUACCAUUUGCAUGCUCAAGUGGUGUAUGGUGGUGGUGUUUUGUUGUAGUACUAGGUAAUGAUGAUA